AUGGCCAUGCCACUCGCUACAAGACACAACACAGUCCGAACAACCACCAAAGCGACAAGUAGAAUACUUCUAACACGAGUGAUACUCAUAUGUAUUGCCACUACCUCUUUUCUAUUCUUCCAUUAUGAUUACUACGUAGAAAUUAUCGCACUGUCCGAAGUACACAUAAGCGCUGUACUGGCCACAAGCUUCAACAGCGUUUGUGCGCUGAAACUAGCGAUAAUACUGUUCAUUUAUGAACUGUAUGCAAUAACGCAAUCUCUCAUUUACUACAUGUCAGUUGGACCUGUAGUUCACAAACAGUGUGAACGGUCCCUGCAAGUAACACCACAGAAAUCUAUUAGACAUCCUAUCUUCUCAUAUAGACACCCAUCAUUGUACAUAGCGGCGAGUGCAAAUCUGAUCAAACACGCAAAACUGCCGGCGAUCUUUCCUGCAUGGAACACUAGCGUGAAAACUAGAAAGUCGAUAGAGCAGCGCUCUUUCUCCGAAUCACCACAACAAAAACGGGCGGAUUAUGAUUCAAUCCAGCAGGCUGUAAUCAAACAUAGAACCCCGCCAUUAUCCGGAAAGUUGUCUAGAGAUGCAUUCACAAAGAGCAAUCGUGAAUUAGCAAUGUUGUCGGACUCUUGCAAUAAUCAUAUUACUAAUGAGCUUCUUGAAGACAACGCAUCAACUGGUAUUGUUAACGUGAACUUCCCAGAGUCAGACGUAACAGAGUCGUAUGUUAAACCAGUAUUCAAUCGUAUUAAUAUUAGUGAUUAUUCUACCAAAAUAGAACAAGUGACUUCCAGUGCAAUGACAUCAAUCACCAAUCGUCGUAAAUUACUAGCUGCAUCUUCGUCCGGUAACGACUCGACAUACAUUACUGAUGCGAAUCUGGAUUUAGAACGUAGAAACUGGCAAGGGGAAAAGAAUCAGUUUACAAGACAUGUAACGAAAAUACUCGCGUACGAUCGAGCAGCGACUAGUAAAAUGUUUUUUGAAACCAUUGAGACUAAACCGAAAGCAGACAAUGACGAUUAUAAUAACACAUCUAUUCCGCGCAUUGAUAAUCGCGGGGAUGCGUUCCGUACGGUCUGUCAUCAUCAUCCAGAUGUUAUCGUUGCUCCACCAGGAGAUUUGUUUCUCGAAACAAAAUGCUUGAAACUGGAUCGAGAAAUCGAUGAUGUUGUAGACAGCUUGCGAGCAGUGCGAGACUUUGUACGGUUUAAAGAGGCUCACGGGCAAAACGAUGACGAAUUAGAAAUGUCAGUGAAACUUCUUAAACAUCAUUCUACUCGUUUACAAACGUUGAAGGAUCAGAGAGCUCAGUACAUGAAGCAAACAACGGAGAAUGUGCUAUCACCCGAGAGAACAAAGAUUUCUGUUGCUUCAUGGUUCUUGGAUAUGUCGGAAAAGGCUGUCUAUUAUACGAUAUUAGUAGAACAAUAUGAUUCGCAUGGAAUUUUGAAAUUCGGAUGGAUUGUUCCGCGCCGUUACCGUGAAUUUGUCAGUUUGCACUCGAAGCUGAAAGGGUCCGUUGAUGGCAUCGACAAGUUGGAAUUACCAAGUAAGCGAUAUUUUUUCAACUUGGAACCAACGUUUCUCAAUGAACGUCAGAGUCGUCUAGAACAAUACUUACAGAGCCUAGUGAGUAACGUUGAGGUUUGCGAAUCGAUGACGUUUAGGUCAUUUUUGAACAAAGGAUCUGAAUGA